GAAGCCCUUGCUGCCGUGAUGUGAAGUGGCCGAGAUUGAAUAUCCUGCAGCCCGUUGUUUUCUGUAGUCCCGGAGCGUGGCGCUUCUCGCAGUCAGCCAGCAGGUGGCAGCAGAGAGGACGGUUCCUAGGGGCUUCCCUCACGGUUGACAGUGCACUUCCCAAAUAAAACAAGAAGUGAAGCGCUCGUGGGACGGAGUUGUAUGGAGAGAAGUCUCCCCCUUUCCCACAGCGUGGAGUUGCCAGGGAACCUGCUAGUGCUUUACCUCUCGCCUUAUCGCACCUCUUGGCUUUCGAGGGAUUUAAAACGUAUUAUCUUGUCUUUUGCCUUUUUGGUUUUUUUUUGCAUUUUUCAUCCUUACGGAAUGGGACGUGGGUUUUGCUUUGGUUGCUCUCAGUUUAUCAAUGGACUGAGUUAGAAGAUCGGAGUGGAGGAACUGUGAGCUCCAGAGAGCACCCCCCCUCUCACAGCAGAAUCACGUAGAAGUUAGGCAGGAUUUAACUGAAGAAAAGGUUGAUCUUGAAGUGCAGCCUCAACUACUGUAUGAAUUAGUCAAUAUGUUUUGAAGUUUGAAUUCCGAUUCGUUGUCAAGACCACUCAAUUGACACUUCAGCUUAGACACACUCGAGUGCACCUUCAUUUCCUGGGAACAUGGUAGACUGUUCGAUUGUAUCUUUACGAUUGGUUAGCGCCAUUGUUCUGUUAGGAGUUCAGCUGGUUGUGUCCCAGCAGUCAAUUGAUCACAGAAAGGUUCCACAGAGGAUAGAGCAGCAAAGUGACACGGCAGGAAAUAUUACUACAGUUCCGUCUGGCACCUGGGGAACUUGGGGUCCUUGGUCAGCUUGCUCUAGAAGCUGCAAUGGUGGGGUUAUGGAACAAACCCGACCGUGCCUUCCAGCCCAUUACCAGGAGAGGAGCUACCAGGCUCCCAGCCAGCAGUACUCAGCUGGAGAAAGAGCUCACAGCAACCAGAAUAAUCUCAAUCAUGACACUGUAAUCAGUCCCUAUUCUGGACAUGUUGUGUCAGCCAUACGGACAUCUGUACCCCUACACAGAAGAGGGGACAAUCCAAGAUUCAACAUUCCGUCUUCAGGACAUUUAAGUCAAAAUCACCAUAAUAGAGGAAUACUCAGGGGAGGCAGACAGUCACUACCAGGGCAGAUUUCCAGGCAUGAAAAAAGAAACAGAACCCAAGGUGUAAUAAACCCAGGAUUCUAUGGCUAUGGAAAAGUCCCUUAUGCAUUGCCACUGCAAAGUGAUACAGGUCAGGAGGCUCGGAGAACCCGGAGGCAGCGUCCGUCAGUUCGCCAGUCUGCUUAUAAACAGAAUACAGAUGCACUAAUUAACCAGCGGCAGGCUACCCAUUCACAAGUGUCCUCAAUACCCCAAGGUUUAUACCCAGAUAUUUCCAGACAUGGCUUUGCAUCUCUCCAGCUACUUCAAGAGCAACCUCAAGUGCCACGUGGGGCCACAGCAAUCACAUGCAUUGGACAAUACAAACAGUACAAGAUAUGCAAUAAAAAUCUGUGUCCUGGAAGCAACAGAGGCAUCAGAGAAGUGCAAUGCGCAUCCUAUAAUAACAAGCCCUUUAUGGGGAGAUUGUAUGAAUGGGAACCAUUUACAGAAGAAAAAGGUGCACUAAAGUGUGAGCUAACUUGCAGAGCUGUGGGCUACAGGUUCUAUGUGAGACAGGCUGAGAAGGUUAUAGAUGGAGCACCCUGUGACCACAAUGGGACAGCCAUUUGUGUUUCUGGUCAGUGCAAGAAUAUUGGCUGUGAUGACUAUUUGGGGUCAGAUAAAGUGCUUGACAAAUGUGGUGUCUGUGGAGGAGAUAAUACGGCUUGUAAAGUAGUCUCCGGAGUUUUCAAGCAUGUAUUAACUAAAGUGGGAUACCAUAAAGUCGUGGAAAUUCCAGAAGGUGCCACAAAAAUAAAUGUGACAGAGAUGACAAAAAGUAACAACUAUUUAGCCCUACGCAGUCGAUCGGGCAGAUCAAUCAUCAAUGGAAACUGGGCAAUUGACAGACCUGGCAGAUAUGAAGGAGGUGGAACCCUGUUCACAUACAAGAGACCAAAUGAAAUUUCAAGCACUGCAGGAGAAUCUUUUUUAGCUGAAGGCCCCACAAAUGAGGCCCUUGAUGUUUAUAUGAUACAUCAGCAGCCAAACCCUGGAAUUCAUUAUGAGUAUGUUAUUGCGGCAGCUAAUGCCAUCAGCCCACAGCUACCUCCUCAUCGACGACCAGCUGAACCAUUUAAUGGCCAGUUAGAAGAAGAAACCUCAAACCCUACAGAAAAUAGAGAUUCCUUUAGUGAAAUAGACACUGGAUCUUUUCCCGGUAGACAUCCCGGGAGAUAUCCCUCACACCAGCCAGAUAACCAAGUACUUCCAUUACAACCGCCAAGGCGAAGCCGAGAUUUUAACUGGAAGCAAGUGGGGUCAACGGAAUGUUCAACUACAUGUGGGAAAGGGUCCCGCUACCCAGUGUUUCGCUGUGUAAACAGAAAUACUCAUGAAGAGACAGCAGAUGUUUUCUGUGACUCCAGCACCAAACCAAGCCCAGAAGAGGAACCUUGCAAUCUUUUUCCAUGCCCAGCCUUCUGGGAUAUAGGAGAGUGGUCUGAAUGCAGUAAAACCUGUGGUCUGGGAAUGCAACACCGGCAAAUUCUCUGCAGGCACAUCUAUGCUAACCGCACUCUUACAGUACAGCCGCACCGCUGCCAAAGCCUGGAGAAACCAGAGACCACCAGUACAUGCCAACUGAAAAUCUGCAGUGAAUGGCAAAUAAGGACAGACUGGACACCUUGCUCAGUGCCCUGUGGGGUGGGCCAGAAGACUCGGGAUGUAAAGUGCAUCAGUAACAUUGGGGAUGUGGUUGAUGAUGAAGAGUGCAAUAUGAAACUACGUCCAGAUGAUAUUGAGAACUGUGACAUGGGCCCAUGUGCAAAGAGUUGGUUCCUUACAGAAUGGAGUGACAGGUGCUCUGCAGAAUGUGGGGAAGGUGUGCGGACACGGUCUGUGGUGUGCAUGUCCAACCAUAUAAGCAGCUUGCCUUUAGAGGGGUGUGGGAACCACAGACCUCCUGAAACUACAGCAUGUAAUAAUGGACCUUGUGAGGGCAAAGUUGAGUGGUUUACUGGUAGUUGGAGUCAGUGCUCUGUGGAAUGUGGUACUGGUACACAGCAGAGAGAUGUUAUUUGCAUAACAAAGACAGCUGAGGGUUUCAACGUAGUAAAGCCAAACGAAUGUUCUUAUCUGGAACGACCCCCUAACCAACAAUCCUGCCACCUCAAAUCCUGUGGAGCAAAGUGGUUCAACACUGACUGGAGUGCAUGCUCUAAAUCUUGUGAAGGUGGAUUUCGAAUCCGAGAAGUACGGUGUCUUGCAGAUGACAUGGCGCACAGUGAUAAGUGUGAUCAAGAAUUAAAGCCAGAAGACACAGAGUCCUGCAAUACCCAAGACUGCAUGCCAGAAAUAGAUGAAAACUGCAAAGACAAAUACUACAACUGCAACGUGGUGGUACAGGCCAGACUGUGUGUAUAUGCUUAUUACAAGACAGCUUGUUGUGCAUCUUGCCUACGGGCAGCCAGCAGACAAUCAGGAUUUUUGGGGAGAAGAUAACAGCUACUGAAACCUGCACUCCAGCCCACCCACACAACAGAGAAUGACUGCUCUCUGCCUUUUAUGGACAGCUACUCCUCAUUCUAAUUCCACAUGGGCCACGCUCUCCAUUAGAAUCAUCACAACUUGUAUAGGAACAUUCUGACUUUUUUUUAUAAUUAUUAUUAUUAUAUGCGCUGUGAUUUUUGUUUUUUAGAACACUAUUUUAAUUUAGCCAUUGUGCACACUGUUGGAACAACUGCCCCCCCCCCACCCGACGCAAUCAUUAACAAAGCUUGCAGUCUUCCAUUACUUAAGUCAAUAACACUAACUCAUAACCAAUAUCUAGAUAUGUUGCUGUUUGGAUACAAGGGAUAUAUUAUGCUUUGUAAAUAAUAAUGGUCAUUUUGUUCCCAAACAAAAAGGGCCCCAGUUACUUUCGGUGCUGAUGUAAGCGAAUGUCACACCUUUUCUCCACUGGUUAACAGACUGAAUUAUACCCCAUGCACAAUGUCAGACCACCUGGUAGGUAAUAAUGAUGACUAAUGCCAAUGUUAUCAAUAGGGAAUGAACAUAAAAAUAUAGGAAGGACAGUAUUUUUCCAGUAUAGGUGGCAACCCUAGGCAAGCACCAUUGCUGUCACUGUCUGAAGACAUGGAGCAGAUAUGUGCUGAGUUGCUGUUUUCUUGUCUGGCAGGUGUGGGAUGAGCCUUGGCUAGUUGUAUUGAGGAGAAAUGUCCGCAAACUUCAAAUUUCUGCUUGCUGUAGGUUCAUUCAUUUGCAGACUUGCAAUCCUGACAGCAUUAUAUGUUGACCAGCAUGUUAAUUGAGCAAAAUAUAGAAGGGACACAGUUAUCUUAAUAUAAAGUAAAGUUGAAAUUAGCCUGCUGAAAUCCACAGACCGAUUUCAGUCGCUCACAGUGAACAGUAUCCUCCUUCUUCUUUCUUGUCCAGAAACCCUUGUGUCUGCUCUGAUGUGAACACACAAGACUUUGCAUUUCACUCUGAAAUCCUCCGAGAGUGGUCACUCUGGAGCAAGGGUUCUAAACAUAAAAGAAGAAGAGGAUACUGCUCAUGUGAGGGGCUGAAAUCGGUCUGCGGAUUUCUGCAGGAUGAUUUUGGCUCCGGCCUAGCCCUAACCUUAAAUUAACUUUUGACAUGAUGUAGACCAGUGAACCCCAACCAGUAGCUCUUAAGCAAUAUGUUGUUCUCCAACCCCUUGGAUGUUGCUCUCAGUGUCCUCAAAGCAGGGGCUUAUUUUU